AUGACGUCGCAUGAAGCUAUUGGGUGGAUGAGGAUUUGUAGACCUGGAUCCGUCAUAGGCCAUCAGCAGGGCUGGCUGGAGGAACUAGAGCCAUGGCUGAUGAAGCAUGGAAAUAUUUAUAGAAAACGUAUCUAUCAGGACACUGAAAAGUUUCCCAUGCAUGAAUUUGGCGUUUAUUCAAUCGCCGAAAAGACAAUGAAACAGCGACCAGUACUUUUUCAUAAAUCGCCUUCACCACCGCCUCCAAUCCAAAAGCAAAACAUACGAUCGGAAACAUUAACUCCAGUGAGACCACAGAACUCUCGAAUAAAAGAAGGUUUUAACAAGACGCAGGAGAAGGAGUACGACUGGCACGUGAAACCGCAAAAUCUAAACACUAGUCAGCAGAAGAUGUUGUAUAGGGGAGACCCAUAUGACUCAUACAAUAAUGUGUCGCGUCGCAGUAGUGGUGCAGGCGAUCCUAAAGCCAGUCGACCCACAUCUAGGAACUCUGUAACACGUUCACAGAUGCCAAGAGAAAGUCUUAAGUCUGGUAUUAGGGAGCCCGACAUUAAAAACUUGCGUGGAUACACCCCUAUAACGACUUUUCGAACUAGCCAAGCUCCAGUUAUUAAAAGCGUUAACGACGCUAGGAACUACUUGAUGCGAAGCAGUAUUUAUAACUCGGAGAGAGAAAAACAGUUAAAUUCAUCAGUAACCGUGACUCCACACUAUCCUUAUUAUACGAGCCGUCUACAAAACCAACCAUUGUUGAGUUCGCCUAUGGCUAGUAUAGGAGCGCAUAUUACUCCAUCAUCUUACAGCACGGGACCUAAACCACCGGGACAGCCCCAAAUACGACGACGACUUGGACGAAGUCCAAGUCCUCCUGUUCGUAUGCCCAACGAUCAGUCCCGGGCCACAAAUACACCUUCACCAACAGAGAAGUUUUUAGUAAAGUAUGCCUCCAAAUCUGCGUUGAAAGAUGUAUUCUCUAAGCUGAAAUUCGGUGGCCCAGUGUCGAUGUGCCGGGACGGGUCGCUGGGCGCGGCGUCGUUGGGCGCCACUAGGGACGCGCCCCCGACGCGCCGCGCCCCAUCUGUGCGUUCCGACGAGCGACCGCUAGCGACGCAGGGAGACAUGCUCAAUAGCAUCAAGUUCCAGAGAAGAUUGCGUGAUACUAUAAAUGCAGAGAAAACUGGUAACUUUCAUGAGAAAGCCAGUCAGCUGCCUAAAAAGCCUAGUAUCAAGAAUAUGAACACUAGAACUACCAAUUUGGUAAAACCGAAUAUUAAUCAAGAUUACAGCGGCGGCAGGGAGAAGCAGAGCCCAAUAUCUCGCAGUUUCUUCAGCCCUGCGCGGCCGAUGUCACCGAAAGGCCGCCGAAGUCCGCAAACGACCAGCUUCUACUGA